AUGGGCGACUCCAACGACCUAUCCGCCACCACAGACCAGCUCCAGGUAACGCUCACACAUCACGGCAAGCCCAUCACACUAUCGUUCGCCAAAGAUGCCACAAUAUCCGGCCUCUCUGAACGUGUCGCGGCAGAACUCUCCAUCCCGCCGUCAAACCAGAAGUUCCUCGUGGGCGGCAAGCUUGGCCUCCAAAAACCACCCUUCAAAGACCCAACGAUACCACUCACAGACCUCACUUCCAAGAAGAUCACACUCAUGGGCAGCACAACCGCCGAAGUAUCCUCCCUCAACGCCACCAUAUCCGCCGCCUCCGCGCCUCGCCGACCAGGGCCCGUAAAAGCCGCCACGCCCGCGCGAAGUCGAGACUACAAGAAAAUCCAAGACGAAGCGCAAUACACAUUCCACACACUACGCCCGCUACCCUACCUCCCAAAUCCCGAUCGAUCGCUACGUUUCCUCGAGAGGCUGCGGGACGACGCAGGGAUCAAAGCGGCGAUGCGGACACACAAGUUCUCGGUACCUCUGCUGACGGAAAUGGAUCCCGCAAUGCACACGACACAGGAGUCCCGGACGCUCGGGCUCAAUCGCAAUCAGGGCGAAGUCAUCGAGCUACGGUUGCGCACCGAUGCAUACGACGGCUACAGGGACUACAAAACUAUCCGCAACACGCUUUGUCAUGAACUGGCGCAUAAUGUGUGGGGCCCGCAUGAUCGGAACUUUUGGGAGCUGUGUAAGCAGAUCGAGAGGGAGGUCGAUCGCGAUGACUGGAGGAGUGGCGGUAAGAGUGUUGGUACCCAGGAGUAUUAUCAGCCGGAGGAAGAUGAGGUACAUGAUCAUGGUGGAUGGACGGGCGGCGAAUUUACACUGGGUAGUCGGGGAGGCGGGGAGACGGUGGUUAGUAGUGCCGGAGGCAGUGUGCCGGUGGGAGGACUGAGUAGGAGAGAGGUGCUUGCCAGGGCGGCGGAAGAGAGAGUCAAGAGGACGAAACAGGCUGAGGAAGAGACGGGGGGCUCUGGGAACAGUUCAUGA